UUGGUUUCUCCUAAACAUUGGUCUUUUCGAGCUGCUUUAUAUUUCGUGUUUUCAGAAUCUGACGAAGGGCUACAUUUUGUGCCUAAGAAGGAGUAUAUAAUUGAUCAAGAUGCUCUUCGUGAGUUCUUCGUUUUUGUGGACGGGGUUGUUGUUUUUUGGGAUAUGGAAAAAUGUGAGGUAAUUCUCUUUGUGAAGGCACUUCUCUUGCUUCAAUUUCAUAGCUUUAAAGAAAAAAGCCACGUUUCAAAAAAUCGUUUUUAUUUGGACACUUCAAGGUACAAUGGGGAUUUAAAAUCUAGUGGUUCUAUUCUUGAACGUUAUGCUUUUUCACACGGGAUGGGAGCAUCAGUUAAAAUUGGCAUUUGGGAAGCUCAGCUAAGUGAACAAGCAGAGCCAUUGGCGUUAACCACAAAAGCGCUUUCUAAAGGAGUCAUACCAUGGAAACGUAAAGAAGCGUUACAAAAGACGGGGCAGUUUGCGACACUUCGGCAUUCUAUAAAUUUAAACUGUGAUCUGUUGGAUACCGAUUUUUAUUGGGAAAGGGAGAACCUCGAAACUUUUUAUUACAUGGCGUUUCAUCACUUUUCAGUGCCAAAAAGACUCAAAUUACUGAACAGCAGACUAGAUUAUUGUGAACAACUGGUAAGAAUAGUCGAUGGGAUGCUCUGUGACCGUCAUGUACGUUUUAUUCUUGUUGCAGAGAGUUUUCGAAAUGAAGGAGUCAAUUCAAUGGAUACCAUAUAA